CCCAGCACCUUCCCUGUCGUCCCCCGGGCUCUCUUUCUCACUUUCCGGCGGUGGGAGGCGGGCGAGAAGGGAGCCAUGCAGUCGGAGUCGGGGAUCGUGCCGGAUUUCGAAGUCGGGGAGGAGUUUCACGAAGAGCCCAAAACCUAUUACGAACUCAAAAGUCAGCCUCUGAAGAGCAGCAGUUCCGCGGAGCAUCCUGGGGCCUCCAAGCCUCCGAUAAGCUCCUCCAGCAUGACAUCACGCAUCUUGCUACGCCAACAACUCAUGCGUGAGCAGAUGCAGGAGCAGGAGCGCAGAGAGCAGCAGCAGAAGCUGCAGGCCGCCCAGUUCAUGCAACAGAGAGUGCCCGUGAGCCAGACACCAGCCAUAAACGUCAGCGUGCCCACCACCCUUCCUUCUGCCCCCCAGGUGCCCAUGGAAGUCCUUAAGGUGCAGACUCACCUGGAAAACCCCACCAAGUACCACAUACAGCAAGCCCAAAGGCAGCAGGUAAAGCAGUACCUUUCUACCACUUUAGCACAUAAACAUGCCAACCAAGUCCUGAGCUUGCCAUGUCCAAACCAGCCUGGCGAUCAUGUCACGCCACCAGUGCCCGGGAGCAGCGCACCCAACAGCCCCAUGGCUAUGCUCACACUUAACUCCAACUGUGAAAAAGAGGGAUUUUAUAAGUUUGAAGAGCAAAACAGGGCAGAGAGUGAGUGCCCAAGUAUGAACACACAUUCCCGCGCAUCAUGUAUGCAGAUGGAUGAUGUGAUUGAUGAUAUCAUUAGCUUGGAAUCAAGUUAUAAUGAAGAAAUCCUGGGCUUGAUGGAUCCCGCCUUGCAGAUGGCAAAUACGUUACCGGUCUCCGGAAACUUGAUGGACCUUUACAGCAACCAAGGCUUGCCACCGCCAGGCCUUACCAUCAGCAACUCCUGUCCAGCCAACCUUCCCAACAUUAAAAGGGAGCUCACAGCGUGUAUUUUCCCUACAGAAUCGGAAGCAAGAGCAUUGGCUAAAGAGAGGCAAAAAAAGGACAAUCACAACUUGAUUGAACGAAGAAGAAGAUUUAACAUAAAUGACCGCAUUAAAGAACUAGGUACUUUGAUUCCCAAGUCAAAUGAUCCGGACAUGCGCUGGAACAAGGGAACCAUUUUAAAGGCAUCCGUGGACUAUAUCCGAAAGCUGCAACGAGAACAGCAACGUGCAAAAGAACUUGAGAACCGACAGAAGAAGCUGGAACAUGCCAACCGACACUUGUUGCUCAGAAUACAGGAGCUGGAAAUGCAGGCUCGAGCCCACGGACUUUCCCUAAUUCCGUCCACCGGCCUCUGCUCUCCUGAUUUGGUGAAUCGGAUCAUCAAGCAAGAACCAGUUCUGGAGAACUGCAGCCAGGAUCUCCUGCAGCACCAGGCCGAGCUGACUUGCACCACCACCCUUGAUCUCACCGACGGCACCAUCACCUUCAACAGCAGCCUGGGGACUGGGCCUGACAGCAACCCCGCCUACAGCGUCCCCACAAAGAUGGGAUCCAAACUGGAAGACAUCCUGAUGGACGACACCCUCUCCCCCGUGGGCGUGACCGACCCGCUCCUCUCCUCCGUGUCCCCAGGAGCUUCCAAAGCCAGCAGCCGGAGGAGCAGUAUGAGCAUGGAAGAAACGGAGCACGCGUGUUAGCGCCACACCCCCUCCGACAGCAUCACCGACAGCUCCUUUUCUCUCCAUUAGUAGACUUCAUAACUUAACCCGAAAGGGUUUUCUUGAUAAUUUUCCUUUAAUAUGAAUUUUUUUCAUGCUUUAUCAAUAGCCCAGGAUAUAUUUUAUUUUUUAGAUUUUUGUGAAACAGACUUGUAUAUUCUAUUUUACAGCUACAAAUGCCUCCAAAGUAUUGUACAGUAAAGUGCGCAGUAUCUGUGAAACGAACUCUCCAGACAGGAGCUUUCUGAGCAAGAGGAUUUUUGCAUCAAAGAAGUAUCUGUGUGCAUUUUUUUUAUUAUUAUUCAGGGGAAAACUUGGCUUGAGAUUUUUAUGCUUGUGACUUCUUUGGCAAUUACAUGUAAAGUUUAAUUGAAAGAAUGUAAAGCAGCCCCCACUCCCACCCCUCCAUAAAAAUAUAAAGAAGAAAAAGAGGAGAAGAAGAAAAAGAGGAAAAGACACCCAUACUAACCUUUUUCCAGUUUAUAAAUGUAUUGAUUCAUUGGUACUGCCUUAAAGACACAGUGCCAUUCAUUCUAGUAUCAUUUAGUCUUUAUAUUGCAAAGUAUUUAACAAAAUAGUAUAUAUUGUGUAA